AUGGGCAAGCCUCAUGCUCUGGUCAUCAGCUACCCGGCCCAAGGCCACAUUAUACCCAUGAUGGAGUUCUCGCGCCGCAUGGUCGAGCAUGGCUUCGCCGUCACAUUCGUCAACACCGAUUACUUCCACAAGCGUAUUCUGGAAGCCGCAAAUGGCCAUCCCCAAGAUCAGCCAGGCAAUGGCACCGGACCCAUCCGGCUAGUCUCCAUACCAGAUGGGCUUGAGCCUGGUGCAGACCGGAACCAACUCAUUCAACUCUGGGAGUCCAUGCUAAGCUCGAUGCCCCAUGCACUGGAAAAGCUCAUAGAUGACAUCACAAAUGUACAAGGGCUUGAGCUACACUGUGUAGUGGCUGAUGUGAACAUGGGGUGGGCACUGGACGUAGCCAAGAGGCUCGGCAUUGCUCGAACCGCAUUCUGGGCUGCGGCUGCUGGGUGCCUGACAGUGCAGCUCAAGCUCCCAGAGCUGGUCCGAAAUGGGGUCUUAGAUGAAAACGGGAACAAUGUCUUGGACUUUAAGCGUCCACUUGAUGGCCUCAAGCAGGUUCUUUUAGGCCCUAAUAUUGGAAAAAGAAACAGAAUGAUGCUCAGGGAUGACAAGAUUUCUGCAAUUAUAGGUUUAUUGCACAACAGAAGCAUGAUCCAACUCACCCCAAACACACCCCUCAUCGACCCAAGUCACUUCCCAUGGCUUUGUGUCGGUGACACCAUGGUACAGAAGUUCAUUUACAGAUACAUUCGCCAAUUCAUGAAGAAUCUUGAAGGAGUAGAAUGGGUACUCUGCAACUCCUUCUACGAACUCGAAGCUGCAACCUUCGACUCAUUCCCUAAUCUCCUGCCAAUUGGUCCUCUACUCCAAAGCAACCACCAUGGCCAACCAACUUCACUUUGGACAGAGGAUGAAACCUGUCUUGAGUGGCUCAACAAGCAACCUGAAUGUUCAGUCAUCUAUGUAUCCUUUGGGAGCCUCACCCUCUUCGACAAAUGCCAACUUCACGAGCUCGCUCUCGCCCUUGAGAACUUAGGCAGGCCAUUCCUGUGGGUGGCCCGGCCGGACCUCAUCGAUAAGGCAGGGGUAGCCUACCUGGAGGGGUUCUUGGAUAGGAUGGAGGUCCAUGGCAAGGUGGUGGGGUGGUGCCCACAAAGGGAAGUGUUGACACAUCCUUCUAUAGCUUGUUUUGUGACCCAUUGUGGGUGGAACUCAACUAUUGAAGGGGUGAGCAAUGGUGUGCCUUUAAUAUGUUGGCCUAAAUUUGUUGACCAAUUUCUUAAUAAGAGUUACAUAGUGGAUAUAUGGAAGGUUGGGUUGGAGUUGGAGGGUAACAAGGAUGGGUUCUUCUCCAAGGAAGAGAUAAGAGGCAAGGUAGAGGAAUUGUUGGGUGAUCAAGCAAUCAGGGAGAGGGCUCUCAAGCUCAAGGAGCAGGCCAUUUAUAGUGUUACUGAGGGAACUUCUAGGAAGAAUCUUACUAGUUUUAUUGAGGCAAUGAAAAUGCAUGUCUGA